CAUCCGUCGUAUAAUGGUAUCCUCCACCUCCACGGCCCCCUGAGUCAGUAGCUAGCUAGUGAGCUCUGUUGUUAUGCUAUCACAUAUUGUGCGCGUUUUGACCUAAACUAUCGCAAAUAGUUAUCUAAUUUCAACAUUUAACAUCAGUGCGCUUAGUUUACAAGUAUGGCAGGAGGCAGCACGGCUCAGAAAACAUGGGAAAUGUCCAACAGCAUGCAGGAGGUUCAGAGUAUCGACGAGAUCUACAAAUAUGACAAAAAACAACAGCAGGAGAUCCUCGCUGCAAAGCCCUGGACCAAAGAUCAUCACUACUUCAAGUACUGCAAGAUCUCUGCUCUGGCGCUGCUGAAGAUGGUGAUGCACGCCCGGUCCGGGGGGAACCUGGAGGUGAUGGGCCUGAUGCUGGGGAAGGUGGACGGGGAGACCAUGAUCAUCAUGGACAGCUUCGCCCUGCCCGUGGAGGGAACGGAGACCCGGGUUAACGCCCAGGCCGCAGCCUAUGAAUACAUGGCCGCCUACAUUGAAAACGCCAAGCAGGUGGGUCGGCUGGAGAACGCCAUCGGCUGGUACCACAGCCACCCCGGCUACGGCUGCUGGCUGUCGGGCAUCGACGUCAGCACGCAGAUGCUGAAUCAGCAGUUCCAGGAGCCUUUCGUUGCGGUCGUGAUCGACCCCACUCGCACCAUAUCCGCAGGGAAAGUCAACCUCGGAGCCUUCCGCACCUACCCCAAGGGUUAUAAGCCACCAGAUGAAGGACCGUCAGAAUACCAAACAAUUCCCUUAAACAAGAUAGAAGACUUUGGUGUUCACUGUAAACAGUAUUAUGCCCUAGAAGUGGCGUAUUUCAAGUCCUCCCUGGACAGAAAGCUUCUAGAGCUCUUAUGGAACAAAUACUGGGUCAAUACCUUAAGCUCUUCCAGUCUUCUCACGAACUCUGAAUACACCACGGGCCAGGUGUUCGACCUGUCUGAGAAGCUGGAGCAGUCGGAGGCCCAGCUGGGCCGAGGCAGCUUCAUGCUGGGCCUGGACACCCACGACCGCAAGUCAGAGGACAAGCUGGCCAAGGCCACACGAGACAGCUGCAAGACGACCAUCGAGGCGAUCCACGGACUGAUGUCCCAGGUGAUCAAGGACAAGCUCUUCAACCAGGUCAACACGUCUGCUACCUGAGCUCCUUCUGAGCCUCCUCGGGAGGCCAAGUCCCCACCGUCGCACAGACCGCCUGUGUGUGUGUUGAGUCACUGAGCUAGUUCCUUUUGUCCUCUCUUAUCCUUUUAGCUGAGAUUGUUGUGUGAGCCGAGAAUGCAUGAAGGUCGUGCGCAUUAAUAAAAUGAAUAACAAAAGUGCUUUGGGAUUUCUUUAUCAUCAAAUG